AUGCCCGAGUUUGGCACCCAAGUGUAUUGGCACGAGAUCCCAGCCUGUUUGCCGCCGUGGAAGGACGAGGCGGAACGCGCACGCACGUGGCGCAUCAGUCGCGGCGUCGAGGGGGCUAUUAGUGAUAACCGUCAUCUGUUGGUACUGCCUCGGGCGGAGCUCUUAGAGCGGCGUCGGGCGGAGCGUACUCCCCGAAAGCGAACUAAUCGUCACUGGGGCAUUGUGCUCGAGCCGUAUCUUUCUCCGCUGCACGGACUCAACAUGGUGAUGAGUGAGCUGCAGGUGCCCCCUAUCUCCGCGGGGGAGGCUAGGGAGGCCGUGAACGUUGUGCGCGAGGAAUGCAAUGUCAUGACUCAGCAACAUACGCAGCGCGGCACACAGUCACGGACACUGUCACAAGGAGGAGUAAAGACGGAGACGCUGACGCAACAGAGUGCCGCCGCAGCGAUGGAUCUUCGCGAGGCCCCGUUACUUGAAGUGGUAAAAAUAUUGUGCGCCUCACGUCGGCUAGAGGUGACGACGUUUAGUAAGGCGGAACUUCGACGCAAGGGUCGUCUCGGGGCGGCAGAUGUGUUGCCGCGGAGACGCGUUGUCAUGGCCUUUGACCGAAGCAAACCAUUGUUUGUCUUUGCGACAGCUGUGGUCGCGAAGAAACGGAACACGGGUACGGAGAUGGCAUGUUAUUUGCAGCUUGUCGCGCCAACCUCAAAUCCUGUUCCAUGGCGUCGGCUUCAGCUGGGAGUGAUGCCAUAUCUUCCACCCAACGAAUGUGUGGUGGUGGCGGUUCAGCGGCAUCACGACGAUGACGAGGAGAACGACAACAACAGCAGCGACAGCGGCGCAGACAGGACUUACCAAAGUGAGGCACACGCGCAAAAGGAACUUGUGCUGGGAGAUGAUGAAACAGACACAGACGAUGGGGAAAAACCGUGUGGGUUUCAGCCACGGCAGCAAUCACAUGAAGACGACAACAAAGAAAUUCAACGGAGACGGAAGCGGUUGCGUGAAUUGCGCAGUGACGCCUCAGACACGAGCGAAGAGAGUGAAGCUAGUGACGAUACCGCCUCUUCCCACCGAUGGGACGAGGCGGUGCGGAGUAGGUUCCUCGGGCGGGAUCCCAUCUUUACCGCGGAGGAUAUGCUGCAAGAUGAUCCCCUCUUUGACACACCUGUUGCGGUGCUUCGAAAACCCUCGCGGAGAACGCAGGGGGUGCACGAUUGGAUCCAGCGCCUGGUCCAAGUAAGUUUCCGAAAGCGGCUCUACGCCGCUAAUUAUUGA